AUGUCCUUAUCUGCCUAUUACGCUUUCGAUUCACCCAGUCCACUCAUUGAUGCUGGACCGAAUAUGAUGAAUGCAACAGUUGUUGGCAAUUUUUCGUCGACGAACGGUCGGCGAAAUCAAGCAAUAUUAUUCAACACGACGAAUUCGCAUGUUUACGCAGCAGGAUUUACUUUAUUCAGCACAACAAAUCAACCAUUUUCUAUUGCAAUGUGGAUUAAACCGAUAAUGUUAAAUGGUACGUUGCUUCAAGUAACGCAAUCCGGAACAGUUAAUAGUGGCUGGUGCACCCCAUUCGUCGGAUUUUCUCUCAAUGGUAGUAUUGUUGUACAAACAUACGACCUGCAGAAUACGCUCCCAUCCAUCAUUGGUCCUAUUAUCAUGCCAGAUACAUGGUUAUAUAUUGUCGAGACAUUUAGUCAAGAAAAUGGACUCAGUUUGUAUUUAAAUGGCUCGUUGUACCAAACGAGAUCGGUAUCAUCGUAUUACGGAAGUAGUACAGGAACGAAUUAUGUUAUUAUAGGUAGUAAUUUAGGAGGAAACUGUUAUUCCGGUGAUAUCAGUAUGGGACAAUAUCAAGGAGCCAUUGACGAACUCAGAAUUUACUCAAGAGAACUGUCAGCAACCGAUGUUGCUAUACUCGCAAACUGGUAA